AUGAUACUUCUUCUACUUAUUCUAACAACUGGUAUUUUAAAUCAAAUGUUUGAAUUUGAUAAUCACUGUUUCAUUUAUAGGAGUAGAAUCAUAUUGUGAAUGCUACCAAAAUUAUCCAACAACUGGUAAAACUGCUACAGUAUCCAACGCAUUCGAUGCAAACACUUUUGAUUCUUGUUACACGCUGCCAUGUGGAUUUGCCGCCAACAGUGGCGCUGAUACUGUAGGAUGGAAUGUAAGUUGGUUGAAAAAAUUAUAUAACAAUUAUUGUUUAUUUUCAGAGCGUUUCAAUAAGUUGGGUCAAUAUUCAAGAUCCCACUGGAAAUCUGACAAUUUAUGACGGAGUUGAUGACACAGCUCCACUCAUUGCUACGUAUGUUCCUUACAUUUUCCAAAAAAAAAUACUGUAGUUGCAGCGUUAAACCACCAAGAAGCCCAUCUUCCGUCGCCGCAACCUUCCAAAGUUCUACAGAAGUUAUUUAUAUAAAAUACACACAAACAAUUACAUCAGGAAGUAAAUUGAUAAUUGAAAAUUUUUGAUCAAUCAAUUUUUAUUCAGAUACGUAUUAUGGUACCGUUCAAGCUUCAGGUUCAUUGCCGACAACAAAAACUGCAUCGCCAUUAAUUGUCUAA